UAUAUGCACUUGUACAUACACAUGGAUAUAUACAUAUAUAUACACACAUACACAAGAUAUAGAUUUCGAGACUAGACUAGACACGAAUAUAUGUAUUAUAUAUAGCAGAGAGAGAAGAAAGUUCUGAUCUUGCUCCCUCUUCUCCGUGACAUAUCUCUCGAUCUUCUCUCUCUCAAGUCUGAACUGCACAGCUUCUUCUUCUUCUUCUUCCACUUUUCUUGCCUCUUUCUUUCUUUCCCUUGGUUUUCAUUUGGAUUGGUUUUCAGGGUUGGGUGUAGAAUGUGAAAGGGCCAUUUUGGGGGAAUUUAUUGGAGUCAUUGAAUUGUUGGGGAUGGGGAAUAAAUUGGGUAGAAGGAGGCAAGUGGUGGAUGACAAGUACACUAGGCCUCAGGGGUUGUACCAACACAAGGAUGUCGACCACAAGAAGCUUCGCAAGCUCAUACUUGACUCCAAGCUAGCUCCUUGCUAUCCUGGGGACGAUGACUGUGCCAAUACCUCUGAUCUUGAGGAGUGCCCCAUUUGCUUCUUGUACUAUCCGAGUCUCAACCGUUCAAGAUGUUGCCUGAAAGGCAUUUGUACAGAGUGCUUUUUGCAGAUGAAGACGCCUAAUUCAACCCGUCCAACACAAUGCCCUUUUUGUAAAACUUCGAAUUAUGCUGUCGAAUAUCGUGGAGUAAAAACAAAGGAAGAAAAGGGCAUUGAGCAAAUUGAGGAGCAACGAGUUAUUGAAGCAAAAAUACGGAUGAGGCAGCAGGAACUUCAAGAUGAAGAGGAGAGGAUGCUGAAACGAAGAGAGAUGUAUUCUUGUAGCAGUAGCAAUGGACCGAGUGAGGAGUAUUGUUCUACGUCAGGGCCGUCAUUUGCUACUGCAAUUGAAGGUUCAGAAGCUGUUACUUCUCAUGAGAUUUGUGGCGGCACUCCUGCAAUUCUUCCAUCUUUACGGCCAAGACAGAACAGGGAAGAUGAAUUUGAUUUGGACCUUGAGGACCUAAUGGUUAUGGAAGCUAUAUGGCUAUCUAUUCAGGAAAAUGGGAGAAAUCGGAGUCAAGGCUAUGCCGAUGCAGCUUCAGAACAAUACACCACGGAAGAUCGGUGUGCAGCCAUGACCUCGGCAGGAGGGUCUUCUCCAUCCCCUUCUGGAGGUCUUGCUUGUGCAAUUGCAGCCCUUGCUGAGCGGCAGCAAAUGAGCGGGGAGUCCUCCUCCAAUAGUUAUGGCGGAGACAAAUCUUCGUGCGAUGAAUAUCAGGCGAGUGGCAGAUUUCCCAACAGGGUGGUUGAUCAAGAACACCAAGAUUACCACCCAUCUUUGGAGAGGCAUACUGGGUUGUCACUGGAAUGCCAGAUGGCGAUAGACAGCUCCGACAGGGAAUGGGGUGACCACCACGGGCCAGUGGCGGCAGAAGCGGGAACCAGCUAUGAAAUGGACGAGGUUGCAAGGCAGCCGCUUUAUCCUCCAGAAGGCGAAAUCAAGAACAAUUUUCAGCACACCUCCUCUGCUCCCAUCGUUCCAGAAAGCUUUGAAGAGCAGAUGAUGCUAGCCAUGGCUGUUUCGCUUGCCGAGGCCCGAGCAAGGACCAGCACACCAGGUGUAGCCUGGCAGUAGUGUUGAAGUUGAAGGUAAGGUUACUGAAAGAUUGAUUCUUUGCAAUUGCUUCUUUUGCUGUUAUUCCCCUACUUCUCACUUCGUAAACGCAAAAUAGAGAAAAUUAUUGCAGUGAAUGAAAUUGUCAUCUGUUCAUCCCCCAUUCAUUCAUUUCAUUAUAAAUUUAACCAAGGCUUCUGUA